AACUAGGAUGAGUAACUGUAGCAGGAGAUUAGCUGCUGGGGAAAGACAUUUGACGUUUUAAGGGAUUUAAGUGAGAUCUAGAAGGGAUUUAACCAUGGCCACAGCCAGUACUACAGAGAAUGGGCUGACUUCGCGUUCCGAGGAGAGCCAAGAAGCGCAAACAAAUGUCAACGCCACAACUGAAUACUGCGCAAAGUUACAGGAAUGGAUGUGGCAGUACUACUGGGGCUAUGCAAAUUGGCAAAGCUGGAUGACUCUGACUACGUUUCCUUUUCCCCCGUGCAAUUUUCCCGUAGCUGGAAACUAUCAAGCACCGACUGGAACUCCAUGGCCCGCUGGACAACCAACUUUAGAUGCCCGAUAUGGGUACAACUAUCCGGGAAUAGGGUACCCCUUUCCAUUCCCUGCGCCCCCGACUACGGGGUUUCAGACAGGGCAGCAGAUGACAGCUGGGACACUGCCUCAUGAUGCAAGGCCAGUGCAACAACAGAACGGAAACGCACCUCAAGCAGGUCGGGAAUACACCAUCCCUUCUCCCCUCCACAGAUUCCUAGCAGAGACGGUGGACUUCUUUAUUUUAUUUUGUGUCAAGGCAACCAUCAUUCUGUGGAUUAUGCACCUUAGUGGCAUGAAGGACAUCACUAAGUUCGUCACCCACUUCAUAGUUGAGGAGAUAGAUGAGAACACGUCUAUGGAGGACCUGCAGAAGAUGAUGGCAGUAGCUCUGGUCUACAGGAUGCUGGUCUGUUUCUAUGAGAUCAUCUGUAUCUGGGGGGCGGGCGGUGCCACCCCAGGGAAGUUCCUCCUUGGUCUUCGGGUCGUGACAUGUAACAGUUCAGUCCUGGUCCGACCUAACCGGGUACUGGUGGUACCGGCAUCUAACGUCACCCUGUCAGCUUCCACGGUGCGGGCGUUGAACAAGAACUUCUCCAUUGCCUUCCUGUUCCCCGUCUUCAUUAUCCUCCUCUUCUUCCAACACAACAGGACUGUCUAUGACGUUGUAGCUGGUACCAUCGUGGUGCAGCGCAGAGGGGCCAGAUAAAAUACCCUAUAGUUGAUCUGAACAGGGUCCUGUUCAGUAGGGAAACACCAUAGCGUAACACUUUGCAACACAAAAUGUAAAUCUGUGUUCUUAUUGGACAUGUUCAGGUACCUGUUUCAUUAAGUAUGAAAACAUUUCUCUCUAUUGAACACAACAGACCUUGGGCUUCUAGAACUGAACAGAAGGCCUGUAAUACAGAACUAGGCCUCAGACUGAAACCCACUCAGGACAGAUUAUAAAGAAGUCUCAUGGGGAGGCCGCAGAACGGAACAUCAUGGUUGUUUUAUCGUCUUCAUUCAAAAAGUAUGGUUACUAAACCUUUCCCUAGUUACCAGCUGAAUAUUUCAAUGGAAUGUUAGAGAAGUUGUAUUAAUGUAUGUGAUGUUUAUAUGCAGUUGUAGACUGACUCGUAUAUGGAUAAGGGCUUUUUCCAGGUCAAGAUGAAAGUUUUAUUUUUUUUUAACCUUUAUUUAACUAGGCAAGUCAGUUAAGAACAAAUUCUUAUUUUCAAUGACGGCCUAGGAACAGUGGGUUAACUGCCUGUUCAGGGGCAGAAUGACAGAUUUGUACCUUGUCAGCUCGGGGGUUUGAACUUGCAACCUUCCGGUUACUAGUCCAACGCUCUACCCACUAGGCUACCCUGCAACCCCCAUGUGACGGUGGCCAUUGUCUACAUGGAACUAAAAACUGUUACUUGGGUCUUUUUUAAUUUACUGAACUCCUCUGAAUUUUGCAUUGAGGCUGUCUGUCUUUCUGGGACACAUUUUCAGCAGCAGGUUUGCAUUCUACUGUCUAGUUAUUUUUUCACCAGAGCCAGACUCAGAUAUUUGUCAUUCUGAUCCAAAUCACAGAUUAGAAUCUGGACAUUCCAGACUCUUCCUCACAAAUAGGAGGUUGGCUGGUUGUGUCUGCAUAGGUGUGUGUGUGUGUGUGUGUGUGUGUGUGUAGGAAUGCACACCUCUGCUAUGUCAGGAUUCACAAACCAUGACUCAGGGUAGUCUAUUUGACAAUUCAUCCCUUACACAGGCUAACCUUAAAUGCACGAGUGUAAAUUACCACCCUGAAGUGAGUUUUCAAUGUAAUUCUUUACACUACUGUACACACUACACUUUAUGUACAUCUCUCAGACAGAAUGCACACACGGUACAUGUUAUAGUUCAGCAUAUGAAUACAGGUCCAGGACUUCUAUUUUGUUAUAGUAAAUGUAUCAUGGGUCUAUUAAUAUGUGGCUUUAUUGUGUCUGUUAGUUUCAUGCUUAAUCACCACCACCACCACACUGUAGUGAAACACUCAAAACAGUUACAAUGUUUAACCACAGGGGGAGGUAGAAAACUAAACAGCAAAUAUCACUUUUGACUUCAUGCAAGGCUUCCUCUCGUCUUCCAAUCUCAUUAUACCACAUUUGAGGAUUAACCCCAGUGUUUAACCCAAAAGGCUCUGACUUUUCUAUUUUCAUCUACACAGGCCAGCAUCAAUGUUUCUCUGCAUCCGUGUUCCGGUGGACCUGCUCUAACCUGGAGCCAAGGCAAGGCCCUGGGUCAUUUUCAUUUACAUAACAAUGGCCAAUUGUGGACUUUAACACUGUGUGACAAAGCAACAGUCCUGAAUGAUGCACAUACUGUUGAUUCUGCUCACCACAAGUCUUCAGUGUCACACUCCUGAUGGAAGCACAAUAACACUAGAGGUACAUUAACAUUAAACACUGACGACACCCUAGCGUGGGGGUAAGUUUCAGUGGAAAAGCACCAUCAAUUUCCUCUGCUCUUUCUUCCUCUCACCCCUCCUCCCCCCCCCCCCCCCCCCCCUCUCCUAUUCUCCAGUAGUGCCCUGUAGGCCAGUAUGUCCUGGGAAAUUCCUGCUAAUAAACUCCAGUUGGAUGGAAUGAAUGACUAGAACAGUGUAGAGCGGGGUCGACUGAGGAUACACUCACACUAGUCAACAAUAAACAACCAUGUUUUUCCAUGGAUUCCUUUCCACUUGAACUCAGUGACACAGACAUGCUCAGUCACACACACACAGAUCACACACACUCAGAUCACAUACCCUCAGUCACACACACUCAUCACAUGCUCUAAACUGUAGUAGUCAGUCAUCAAAUUCCUUUGCUGUCUUUUCUGGUGACUUGUCUGAGAGAAAGAAACAAUGUACUGACUCUCUUGUCUGUGUCUCUCUGUCUGUGCCUGUCUGACUCUCUGUCUGUGUCUCUCUGUCUGACUCUCUGUCUGAUUCUUUCUGUGUCUCUCUGUCUGACUCUGUCUGUGACUCUCUGUCUGACUCUAACUCUCUGUCUGACUCUCUGUCUGACUCUCUGUCUGAGUCUCUCUGUCUGAGUCUCUCUGUCUGAGUCUCUCUGUCUGUGUCUCUCUGUCUGUGUCUCUCUGUCUGUGUCUCUCUGUCUGUGUCUCUCUGUCUGACUCUCUGUCUGACUCUCUGUCUGACUCUCUGUCUGACUCUCUGUCUGUGACUCUCUGUCUUUGUCUCUCUGUCUUUGUCUGUCUGUGUCUCUCUGUCUGACUCUCUGUCUGACUCUCUGUCUGUCUCUCUGUCUUGCUCUGUCUCUCGCUCCGUCAAUAACAGUAAACAUUACACACACAAAAGUUCAAAAAGAAUAAAGAGAUAAAACGUCA